ACUUCACUAGUACCUGUCGUGCCUACGAUGAUCAUUGUUUCAUUGCAUCCUGUAAAAGUCGUUUUUCAUGUGUAAAGUUUUUUCUUUUUUUGAUUUUGCUGUUCCAUUUCAUUCUAUUUCAAGUGUUUUUGUCUAAGAGCCUGAAAAAAUGGUGGUAAAAACUGCAGUGGCUGGACCAGCGCAGCUGGAAAUGCAAAUCGGGUGUAUCAAGUAUACCAUUUUCUGCUUCAAUGUCAUCAUAUUUCUGAUGGGAUGCAGCAUGUUUGGUUUGUCCAUCUGGUUACGAGUGGAACCCGGAUUUCAAGAAUGGGUUGAUUAUUUGGAUAUGGAUGAAUAUUACAUUGGACUUUACCUAUUGAUUCUGACUUCCACAAUUAUUAUGGUCAUUGCCUUUGUUGGAUGUGGCGCUGCUUUAACGGAAUUUAUAUUUGCGCUUUAUGCGUACAUUGGACUUCAGGCCUUUUGCUUUCUCUUUGGAUUGGCAGGCGCGGCAGUUCUUUUGGAUUAUUCGACAUACGAUAGUCAAAUACAGCCAAUCAUUCGAAAAUCGAUGACGAGUCUUAUUGUCAACUCACAGCACGACGAUGCAGCUCAAAUUCUCAGGAUGGUGCAGGAAAAUAUUGGAUGCUGUGGGGCUGAUGGACCAAUGGAUUAUCUGACAUUAUUAAAACCAUUGCCUACUGAAUGUCGAGAUACAGUAACCGGAAAUGCAUAUUUCCAUGGAUGCGUGGCAGAAUUGACAUGGUUCUUGGAGGGAAGGUCAGGAUGGUUAGCAGGAUUAGCUUUAUCUCUGUGUAUGAUCCACGUAAUUCUUGCUGUUCUCUCCUUGAUUCUCAUACAAGCGAUCCAAAAGGAGGAAGAAACCGCACCAUACAAACGCUAAAUUAGGUAUUAUAAUAACAAUUUUCCAUCGUUUUAAAAUAAAAUUCCCAAGUGAUGUUCCUGUGCAUAAAAAAGUCUGACGCUUAACUUAACAUCCACUCUCGUGUCGACUCUAUUUAGAAAGUCGAUCCCUUUUACGACAAACCACAUAAAUAUUUUUAUGUGUAAUAUUUGAUAUAUGUAGUACUUAACAUUCUUUUUUUACUUUUUUAAUCCUUUUUAAGAUGAAAUUAAAAAAUAUGAUGUUCAUUUGAAAUACAUAUAGUAAGGCACAUUUUUGGAUUAUCACCUGCUUUUAUGAUUACUCGAUUGAACCAGUGACCAAAUCAGCUGUGCUUUAUUACUAGUUUUUGAAUGAAAGAGAGGCAAUAAAGAUAAUCCAGAAUGAAAAGUGUAAAAUAGCGAAAAAGUGCGUUCAAAACCUUUGAAGAAGAAAACAUAUUAAAACUGUAAUAAAAAACUUUUCUCUUUCCAGAAAGACCAACUUUUAAUAUUAAAAGUAUAAUAAGUUUUUAAAUUUUAGAUUUUUAAUCUGUAAUUU